GACCCACGAACAACAAAUCGAGCUGUUCGUCGUGAACAUACGUCACGGGAACAAGCCGCCCGAACUCGGCCAGGUCACGUCAAGCCGUACGUCCAGGCCAGGCCUGGCCUGGCCCACAUCACUUGGUGGCGUCUUAACUCAGUAAUGGGCUGUCUUGCACUCUGCGUGGUCAUCUGAAGUUACAAAUUUCAGUGAAUUUGCGUUUUUCCUAUUUUUCAAGCACCGUCACGCCAUUGGUUGUGGAGUUCAUACGUCCUUGGCUUUUUAGGAGUCGUAUCAAGAAGUAGACUGGUAAGAUGUCCUCCAAGAAGAAGAACCUCCUGGUGAUUGACUGUGAUGCGGGAGUCGACGAUGCCCAUGCUCUCAUGGUUGCCCUGAGCAACCACGACACGGAGGUGCUGGCCAUCACCUGUGUCAAGGGAAACGUGAAUGUGGACCAGGUUUGGUACAAUGUGCACCGGGUGCUGGAUGCUUGUGACAGACCGGAGGUUCCUGUCUACAAAGGUGCCCCCAAACCCCUCCUGACAGACCUACCGGAGACAGCCUUCCACGGGAAGGACGGUCUGGGGGAUGUGCCUCCGCCCCCGGACUUCACUAUCGACCCAGGUCACCAGCGCUCUGAACAUGCUGUGGACAUGCUCAUCUCGCUGGCCGACCAGUACCCAGGGCUGAUCUCGCUGGUUGCCAUAGCGCCCCUGACCAAUCUUGCCCUGGCGGAAAAAAUGGCGCCGGGUUUCUCGGCCAAGUUGAAAGGGGUCUUCAUUAUGGGGGGUAACAUGCACGGCAGAGGCAAUGCCAACCCCUGCGGGGAGUACAACUUCUACCAGGAUCCAGAAGCAGCCUACAUUGUCCUGGACAGUUACCAGUGCCCUGUUACCAUGGUAACAUGGGAGCUCACCAUGGCAACAGAAGUACCGUUUAAAUGGAUCGACGGGCUGAUGCAGAAGCCAACCAAAAAGAGCCGAUUCCUGCAUGCCAUCAGCCAGCACAGCUACAAGAUUAUGAGCGAUGAGAAGCUGAAGGUAGAAUUUUUCUGCAUCGACAGCACGGGCUGGAACUGCUGCGAUGCCCUGGCCGUCACCCUCGCCAUAGACCCGUCCAUAAUCACCGACGCCAAGCUCUGCCCCUGCUCCGUGUCACUGGAGGGCGUGACCCGCGGCCAGAUGAUCGUGGAUUGGCACUCCGUUUGGGCCGACAAGAGGAAGCGGACGGUGGUCCAGAGUGUGAACAUGGACAGGUACAAGGAACUGCUGGCCAGCUGUGUAGAAUGAGGGUAAGGAAUUCUGUGGAGCUAUGUGAAACCACUGAUAACGUGCGCUGACUGGCUAGUGCAUCAAGACCAAAGGCUCGAAGCCUUCGUAAAGUGCGACCAUGUUUAGGCUACAAAGAUGACUCCUAGUGGCUUCAAACCUUUGGUCUAGGCACCAUCUUUGGUGGCCCGAACUCGGUCAAACACUCAAUAGACCCUCUGUGGGAGACUCAACAUCUCUGUCACAGUGAGUGUUGUGUCAUGGCUCUUACAAGGCCAUUUUUUGACGGGGGGGGGGGGUUGGGAUGAAAAAGUUUGCACAAAUUAGUUGGCUAUGGUUCCAUGCUCUUUGACACUCUGCUCGAUGAACCAAUGGGUAAGUCUCAUGAAUCAAAGUAUUCAACUUUUUAUAACUCAAAUAUUUUAACGACGUCUGAAAAAGUGUACGGGUUUAUUAUGUAAUUUUUGAUAAUUUCUCUGAAAAUAUUCUCAAUAUAUUCUAUUAUUGGUAUUUGAUUAUUCAUGCACUGUUUGGUAUAUAAAUCCAUAAACUUACGUCUGGCAAAUUUCAAAAUUAAAUCACUGAAUGUAAACUACUUGAAAUCAUUUUUGACUGACACCUAAAUACGACUCACGUGUAAAAACCCACUGAUGGAUAUUUCUACUAGGCAGUUUUCUUGCCACAAACUAUAUUUGGAGGUAAAAUUAAAUGCAAAGACAUAACAUUAAUGCAUUUAGUAUUACAAUAGGGCUCCAUUUAUUUUUUAUUUUAUUGGCAAGGAGUUAAAGUUUUGUUUUUGAAACAGAACUCCACAAAACUGCAUUGUCCACCAAGCUGAAAUUUCAGUCGUAGUAAUUUUUGCCCAGUCUGUGGUAAAUCAUUCUUGUCUCUGUAUGUUUUCUUUCUGCUUUUCACCGUUAAAUAUGAGUCAAAUUGGUCAGUUAAAUAUGAAGUAAAUUUCAAAAUAUAUGGAGGGCCUGACGUUUCGAUCCUAGCAGAAUCUUUCUCAAAAGCCUUUGACAGAGAUUCUGCCAGGAUCGAAACGUCAAGCCCUCCAUAUUUUGGGAUUUGUAUUUUAGGUCAUUGUAGUCAGCAAGCAAUUUGCAGAAGUUUUGUAUUACAUAUCAUGAAUUAAAUUUGUUAAAGUUAACCAUUCACAUUCACUGAUUACUUCCUCCGAGAAACGGAAAGUUCAUUCGGAGUGUACUGCAGUAUAUAGCCCCAGCGUAAGGGUGUAUACAGAACCACAUUAUUCGGAGGGGGGCCAACGAAUAUGGAAUUCUUUUAUGAAACUUUUUAUCGCCUUUCUGAGGGGUUAGACUACAUUUUGGGGGGUUCUUACAUACUUUAAAGGAAGAGAAAUGAAGUAGACCCAACAGAUCACCUUAA